CGACGCGCCAGUCGACAGGAGGCAGCAGCUCAGUGUGGAGGCAGAGCAGCGGGGGUGAAGCCAACACUGUGCGUUCCAUCCACACAAACAGGACACACGAGAAGGUAUCAGGACGCAUCCCACCAUUUUUGACAGCAACUUCAUCGGGCCUGGGGCGUCCAGCUGUGUCCGGCUGCAGCCUGGGAACAACCGGGGGAACUUGAAGGGAACUACGGGGAGGAGCGGAGCCAGGGAAGAGGAGAACCCGGCGACAUUUAGACUCUCCAAGUGUUUGAAACUUCUCAAAGCGGAAUCGAUCGAGUACCUCCCACCCACUUUUCAUACCCCUGCUCCAAGCUCUGGAAGAGGGGGGGCAAGAGAGAGAGAGAGAGAGAGAGAGAGUUGUGCAGCCGCUGCGGUGGAUGGAGCAACAAAGCCUGGAUGGUUUAAACUGAGAGCAGAGAGCCAGCUUCGUCUCCUCGUCGCCCCUGCACGGAUCUCACCGCCUCGGACCGCUUUUAUUUUUUGGGGUUAGGGAGGCGAUCGAACUCUCCACCAGCGGCCGCAAGACGCACAAAUUGAUGCUUCGGCCCCGUGACGCGCACCAGAGAUCCGCGAGUUUUGCGAAAGUGCGCCGCCGCUGCUGCUUGCUGCUGCUCACUGGGAGUGUAGUGGACUCGCUGGGAAGCCGAAGUGGGAUUUGCAGAAGUUGCAUGCUCGGUCUUUGUCGUCUGGAGUGAGAACCACAUCCGACCCGAGAAGAUCCCCGGACAGCUGCGGAGCCAUGGCGAUGUGCGCGGGGGUUUGGAUGCUCCUGCUGGCGCUGCGCAUUCACGCCGGCGAUGGGCAGAUGGUACAGAUGGACUCCACCAAGUCCGGCUUCGUGGGCACACAAGUGGAGCUGCGCUGCAUCUUCAGCAACAGCAACCCGCCGGUCAAGAUCUCCCAGGUCACCUGGCAGAAGCUCCUGAACGGCACCAAGCAGAACGUGGCCAUCGCCAACCCGGCGCUCGGCGUGUCCGUGCUGUCGCCCUUCAAGGAGCGGGUCAGCUUCAAGCAGGCCGCGGUGCGCCAUCGCACGCCCUCGCUGGAGGACACCACCAUCGUGUUCUCCAACCUGCAGCUGUCCGACGAGGCGGCCUACAUCUGCGAGUACACCACGUUUCCUGCAGGAAACCGGGAGAACAUGGUGAACCUCACCGUCUUUGCUCGGCCCCUGACGCGUAUGACCUUGACGACGCCCACCAUCGUCGCCAGGCCUCAGAAACGCAAGAUGACCGUCGCCACCUGCCUCUCGGCCAAUGGCAAGCCCCAGAGGAUCAAGUGGGACACCAGGUUGAAGGGCGAGGCCACGUUCCAGGAGACCCGCAACGCCAACGGGACGGUGACGGUGCGGAGCAACUACGUGGUGGUGCCGAGCCGCGAGACCCACAAGCAGAAGCUCACCUGCAUCGUGACCUAUCGGAACGAGAGGAUCACAGACAGCGUGGUGCUCAACGUGCAGUAUGAACCCGAGGUGAAGAUCGAGGGCUUCGAUGGAAACUGGUACCUGAACCGACAGAACGUCCAGCUGACCUGCCGAGCCGACGCCAACCCCCCUGUCACCAUCUACCAGUGGAAACUAUUGAACGGCUCCCUGCCCAGUAACGUGGAGAUCAAGAACAACACCCUGUUCUUCAAGGGCCAGGUGACCUACGACGUGGCCGGCACGUACGUGUGCGACGCCACCAACGGCAUCGGGACCCGCACCGGCAGCGUGGACGUCAACAUCACAGAGAAGCCGAUGGCACAGGGGCCCCCCGGUGGCGUCAUCGGGGUCCUCGGCGGCGUCGUGGCCAUCGGACUCAUCGUGGGAGUGGCCGUCACCGUCUUCAUGAUCCACCGGCGGCAGCAGAAGACCCGCACGGAGACAGACAAUGACCUGACAGACCUCCCGCCCGCCCACAAGCCGGCCCCGCCUCCGCCCAAGAAGAAGAACAGCGACAUGAAGGGACACUUGACAUCUGAUGACAUCCAGGUGGUUCAUCUCGACAAGGAUGAGGAAAUGCAGAAGCUUCCUCUCCAGCCUCCUUAUUACGACAUUGCACCGUCUGAGUCGACCCCCUUCACCGAUAAGCCGGACACUGGGGGGCGCCCAGAGGAGUUGUUGAACCCGGCUGAAUACAUGAGUUACCAGCGCGUCUGCGACAUGGAACCCUUCCCCUCCGCCCAGCCCGCCGCCGCCUACCCUCCUCCUCCCGUCACCUUCCUGCCUCAGCACCCCUACACGCAGCAACCGGCCAGCGAGCCCAUGUACUCCAACACCAGCUUCGCUGCCCCCCCCGGGCCCCGAGCUCCGUUCACCUUCCCCAAGGAGCAGUCCGUGUGAGGGCCACGCAACUCCCGGCUCCGCGAGAGGCAUCGGGGGCCGCAAGCGCUUCACGGGGAACCGAGCUCUGCUGAACGGACGUGCAUCCAUCCAUCCAUCCAUCCAUCCAUCCAUCAUCCAUCCAUCCAUCCAUCCCCUCCCUGCUUCUGUUUAUUCUAUAACCUUAAAAGACCCCCCCCCCCCUUCGUGGCCCUGAACCCUCUGUGUAUCGUGCACCGUUUGCUCCACUGACGUUAGCUUAGCUGACACCGACUCCCCUCCCCCCACCACCCCCCCUCACCCGUGCCCUGCACGCUGUCUGUUAGCGACUACUCCCUCGACCUUUAAAUAUUUUUGCUUUCAUGCCAACCGUCUAAACUGUGUACAGAGGUUGAAAUUGUAUCACUCAAGAUGUUGUUGUCUUUUUGUGUUUUCUCCUUCUGUUUUUUUUUUACACCUCCUGCGGUGGUAGUGAUUCUUUCUCCCAGCAUCGUGCUUCUUCUUUUUUCUUUUUUCUCUCUGUAUGUCAAUCAUAUGCUUGCUUCUUUGAAAGUCGUAUACUAUGCUGUUUGUGUGAUUGGAUGUGUUCUAGUGAAAAAAACAAACAAACAAACAAACAAACAAAAAAUAAUGGAACAACUGCCUUUGAUUUGUGAGGCUAAUUAUCAAUCUCUAACGACGCGGACUACCCCUUUAAAGACAGUUUAACCACAGGGUUGUUGUGUGAACACGUGAAUCUGAAGCCGCUCAGCUGAACCCUUUCGUUUUCGUCUUACCGCAACUUUUUCGGCCAAUCGGAAACGAAUGUUAUCCUGAUCAGCUACGAAUAAAAAACAAAGGGCUUGAGAUUUGGCAGUAUCGCCUUUCUUCUAUUUCUCCAUGUUUUAUUAUUAAUUUACCCUGGUUCAUUUUAUUAUUAUUAUUAUUAUUAUUAUUAUUAUUAUCUACCAGUAGUUGCCAAAGACAUAUGGUUUCAUUCUGUAUUUUGUAUCCGUUUUCUUUCAUGCAAGCGUUUACAUCAAAGCGACCUGGUUUAAUGUGAAUUAAACGAAGUCGAUUAGCAAUGUGCUACACAUACGCUCCCAGUUUACAUGAAACUUAUGCCAUAUGCUGUAUUUUCCAUAUCUGUAUGUGAGAAAAAAGUUCAACUGCUCAUGAAGGCUGGUGUGAGAUUCACGGGUCCUUUGCGUUACCAGCCACCAGGAGGCGCUCUUUAGUGCAGGUGCAAUAGGUGAAGACAAUCACAUACACGGUUUGUCCUGGACGGAACCAGCGCAGGUGAUAAUACGUCGCUGUGGUAGAAACCUAAAAGGGACCGGGGCAACCCGCACGCUGAACAUAUUUAACUAUAUUUUGGGGAAUUUUAAUUUGUAGUAAUAGAGUUUAAAUAAUCAGAGAAAACGCUGAAGAGAAAAAGCUUGCUACUGUAUUUUUUUAGAGAAUGCUCGAUUAUAUACGAAGGCAUGCCGCUUAUUUUCAGAAUUUACAUUGUGACUGUUGAUCUCAGACCAUACAUAAGCUACUGUGCUUGAUGAGCCAAUUCCAGGAUACUGCCUCCCACGCACGCACACACAAACACACACAAACACACACACACACACACACACGCCCACCGACCUUAGCUAAUUUGCGUAAAAAUCUCAAGUUCACAUUUUUUGACAUGUUAGAUGUAUGUUUGGACAAAAAAAAAAAAACAAGUAAAGAAGAGAAAAUACUCGUGUUUGUGCUCAAUGUGAAAAAAAAUAAAUAAUAAUAAUCCGUGAGAUGUUGAAGGUAAUUUAGUGUUUUUACUCUUACUGGUUGGUUGAUGGGAGAGAGUAACUGGUGAGACUUUCUCCUGUGCUCACCUUGUUGUCUUGCGAUGGCUCGAUAUGUGUGCUAGCGUUUAGUUUAAGCAGCGGUGUCUGGUUUGAGCCGCUGAAGGAGUUUGAUAUUGCUGUACCCGCUGUGUGAAAAAAAAAACACUGAAACACUACUUUGUCUUUUUUGUGACACAUCUACUAUUCAAGAGAUCCUUCCUUAUAUUAUCAUCAUGAUUAUAUUAUUAUUAAUUAUUAUUAUUAUAUAGCGUUUAAGAUUGCAUUUGCAUAUGUUGUUUAAAUUUUUACUGUCAAAUCCUCACAUUGAUUUAUUUCUAAUGUUUUUUCACCCUUGACCUUUUGUGUUUUGUAAGACUGUGACAUUUAGGUUUAUUGUUUUUUUUAACAUAUACAUAUGUAUAGGCGUACAGCACUUUUCAUUUUGACAUUCAUUGUACAUUUUGUGGAAGGAUACUACCUGAAUAAAUAUUAGGAUUAUGUAUUUUUUUGUGUGUUUUUUUUUUUGUUGCCGAGACUGAAACUAUUGAAAAUGAUGUGACUCGAUUUAACUUGUGUUUUUAUUUUUUAUUUGGAGUUAGGUUUUGAUGUAAAUAUAUUAACGAUGUAUCUGAUGUGUGACAAAAAACAAGUUAUGCAGUUUAACAUUAAACUUCACAAACUACCCGUCA